CACCGCUGCUCCAGCAGAGCGGACCUCUGCUGCUGCUGCAGGACCGGAAGCAGAGGGAGGAGAUCAGAGAAGAUGGAGCGCUUUGAAAGGACUCAGUGAAACUUUCCAGGUUUAUUUAUUUUUUUCGGGUUGAUAUGGAUCCGCUCCGGUUCGAGCCGUCGGUCCCUGCCGGCUGCCUCUGAGGGUUAGUGAGGGGGAUGACAGCAGCCGCCCAGCCUCCUCUGCUCCACAUCUGAGCCGCUCUGCUCGCUGAGAUUGCGCACUUUGCGCAGCCCUGCAGCGCACAAUCAGAUAGAUUUUUAUUUUUUUGCGCCUCUCUGAUCUGUGCAGCAGGAAACAGAAGCUCCAGUUCCAGAAAACACAGCUCUCUGCAUCAUCAUGUCUGCUGGAUUCUGAGGUGGUUAAACUCUGUGACCCACCAUGGGUACCGUACUGUCUCUGUCGCCGGGCGCUCGGAAACCCGGCGGUUACUACGACAACCACUCCAGCUCUCUCGGCCACUACCCCAGCCUCAGCAGCCGCUCCCUCAACAGCCAGAAGGAACGCGGCCUGAAGAGAGGCCAGUCCAUCUUCCUCCCGGUGCUGACCUGGAAGCGGCUGGUGGCCUCUACCAAGAAGAAGGGGAACCCUAAGAAGGGGCCGGCGGGCGGCGGGGUCCUCGCUGAGCCCCUCAAUAACAACAACAUCUACCAGAAGGACCAGGUCCUGAACCUAAACCGGGAGAACGUGAAGAAGUCGCUGUCCUGUGCCAACCUGUGCAACUAUGAGGGCCCUGCAGGACUGGGUCUGGGUUACGGCCUGGGGAUGGGUCAGGGCCACGGAUACUCCUACAGCAAACCCCAGCAGCUGUCUUCGGUGAAGAAGGUCCCUCAGGGGAGCUCGUCUCCAAAGCGCGUCAUCGUCCAGGCCUCCACCAGCGAGCUGCUGCGUUGCCUCGGGGAGUUCCUGUGCUGCCGCUGCUAUCGCCUCAAGCACCUUUCUCCCGCCGACCCCAUUCUGUGGCUGCGGGCGGUGGACCGCUCACUGCUGCUGCAGGGCUGGCAGGACCAGGCCUUCGUCACGCCGGCCAACGUAGUGUUCGUCUACAUGCUGUGCCGGGAAGUGGUGGACGGCGACCUGGUCGGGUCGGAGCACGAGCUGCAGGCCAUCCUGCUCACCUGCCUCUACCUGUCCUACUCCUACAUGGGCAACGAGAUCUCCUACCCCCUCAAGCCCUUCCUGGUGGAGGCGGGGAAGGAGGCCUUCUGGGACCGCUGCCUCGCCAUCAUCGACGCCACCAGCGCCAAGAUGCUGCGCAUCAACGCCGACCCGCACUUUUUCACCCAGAUCUUUGCAGAACUGAAGAGCGAAGGAGGCUGCGGGCCUCAGGACUACAGCCGGGUUCUGGACCGGUGACUCGGCGGCGCCAUUCACCCCGUCACAGUCCGCUCUCACGCGUUUCAUCCCUUCAUCUACACGUCUGGGAUUCACCGUCCGGUCCGCCAUCAGACCCAACCAUCCCAGCUGCUUCUCUGCAUCCUAAACGUGUGAGAAAAAGGCCAAACAGCUUUGGCUCUGACUGAUUUAGGAGGUCGGCUAGAGAAAAGGGUUCAGAUGGAGAUCUGAUCUGUGAAAAGGGACUGAUGGGAGCAGCUGGAGCUCCAUGUGGUGUCCUGCAGCGGAGCGGGCGGAACUUUCUGUCAGUUCCUUAAAUCUGAGGAUCCGUGUCGGCAUUGUUCCAGUGGAAGGCAGCCAGGGUCAUCAGCUGUUUACUCCACCCUUUGUUCCACACACACACGGCUGUGGAAAUAAUAAGAUUAACUGAUUACUGCAGCCCCUCCCAGCUCUGAGCCUCUGCCCCCCUCCUCGUCCUGCAGAGUCUAGCACGUCCUGCAGACGGAGGAGCUCAGCUUUGAUUUAAUGCAUUCGUCCCAUCUUUAAAUGUCCACCUUCCAGGGACGGUCCGCAGGUUUCCAUCCCAUCCCUCAUUGGCUCCCGUCUCAAAUCGUCCGCUCUGGCGAGCUCUUUCUGCGGCGUUCAGAAACAUGCAGCGUUCUGGAUUUUCGUUGGACUUAAAGUUUAGUUUCACACAAGAAAUAUGCAUUUUUUAUGGUCUUAAACAAAACAAGCAGUUGAGUUUGAAUGUUUAUAAAACUUUUACUGUUUGUAGCCGUUUAAAAUUUCCCCACUUUUCUUGGCUGGUUCCCUAUAAUUCCUUU